AUGCCGCCGCCGACGACGGGCGGCAGCUACUACUACUCGUCCUCGUCGUCGGGGCGGCCAGGCGGCGGCGGCAGGAGGCCGUGGCGGUGGUGGCGCGCCAAGUGCGUCGGCAUCGCCGCGGCCGUCGGGUCCAGGCUCCGGAGGUCGGUCAUCGGGGGCGUCGACGUCCGCCGCCGUCGGCGCACGGCGUCCUCCGUGCACUACUCGCAGAACGGGUGGUGCCACCACCACCACCACCGGAGCUUCGGGCCGGUCUACGUCGACGACCUCUACAGCCACCACCACCUGCAGCAGCCAGCAGCCAAGGCCCUCCGCGGCGUCGUGCAGCGGGAGCAUCAGCAGCAUGAGCCGAGCACCCGCGCCCGCGACAAGCUGCCGACGCCGGCGGCUGCAGCACCCGCGCCCGCCCCCGCCCCCGCCGCCGGUGCCGCGGGCAGCAAGGCCACCACUGCCAGCGCAGGCGCCGGGAGCGGCAAGCAGCAGCAGGCGCGCGCCGUGGCGGCGGGCGUCGGCGCGAUGAGGAAUGUGCUGCUGCGGAGCCCCGGCAGAGGCGGUGGCGGGGGCGUGCUCGGGGUGGUGAAGGGGAUGGGGGAGGUGGACCUCAGGGCCGAGCUUUUCAUCCGCAAGUUCAGGGAGGACAUGCGGCUGCAGAGCCAACGCUCGGCGGAGGAGUUCCAGGCCAUGCUCGCAAGAGGCCUAUGA